GGUGACCUGUUGAAUGAUGUAAUAGAAAAGCUAGCUUUAUAUUCCAUCCAAAAUGCCGUAAUUAAUGAGACGACUAAAGUGAUCCACCUGAAUCAACAGGAGUGGGUGGCCAGCAAGUCCCAGAUGUUAAGCAUGGUGCAGGAUGAAUUGAACGAGUUCCUAAAGUCUGCUGGGAGCAGGCUUGUGGUGGUGGAGUUCUCAGCAAAGUGGUGUGGCCCCUGCAAAACGGUUGGCCCCAUUUUCCAGGCAAUGUCUUUAAAAUACCAAAACGUCAUGUUUGCUAAUGUGGAUGUGGACUCAUCUAAGGAAUUGACCCAACUUUGUCAGAUCAGAGCAGUACCCACAUUUCAGAUGUUCAAGCACUCCCAAAAGGUCUCUCUAUUCUCAAGACUCAAAAGAACAUUGUGCUGUCUCGGAAGUGGAAUGGAGGCCUGGAAGAUUUUUGAAUUUCACGGAGCUGACGUUAACAAGCUGGAAUCGAAGAUUCAAGAGCUAAUGUGAGCCGACACCCAAAACCAAAUACACCUGUGGCAUUUUCUAAAGCAGCAGCAA